AUGGAUAACAGAAACAGAGCUAAAAGAAUAGUGAAUAUGGCAUUGCAAUCUUCGCCGCCGCCAUCUUCAUCGACUUCAACAAAUGAAGAUUUUUCAAGUGAUCAUUCUUCUUACUAUCCACAGCAAAAUGUAGAAAUUUCCACAGAAUUAGAAGACAGUGAAGAUAAUGAAGAAAGAAGAGAUCCAGAAGGUCCUGUAGGUAACUUGGGGGAAAUAAAUCAUCCAGAUUCCGAUGAAACUGUCAAAGGAAGAAAAAGAGUUCGGAAUUUCGAUAGAUGGGCAAAGAAUAUAAGGAAGCGAAAAAGAACUGCAGGCCAAGAAUAUCGCAACGUACGAGGUAGUAUUGUCCCAGCUAAAGUAUUUACACCAGUUGUAUGCAGCUGUAGGUUCAAAUGCAGUGAGCAGGUUUCAUCUGAAAAUCAAGAAGCAAUACACGUAAUGUUUUAUCAGCUCACCUCAUGGGAUGCUCAAACAACAUGGUUGUGCAGCGCCAUUAUGACUUUAGAACCAAAACGCCGUAAGCAAAGACAAAAUGCUCAAAAUCCUAGCCGCAUAAAUUAUGUACGCCAAUUCAUGCUGUUGGACAAAAGAGUUUGCAAAAGUUUCUUUUUAAAGGUCAUACAAAUAUCUAACAAAAGAUUAGAUUAUGCAUUACGUAAUAAAAAAUCUGUUUCUGGAAUAGCGGAAAGAGAUAAGAGGGGACAACAUGUACCUGCUAACAAGCUGUCAGAUGAAAAGUUGAACUGGAUUAAAGACCACAUUAAUAGUUUUCCGAAAUUUGUGAGUCACUAUGGAGAAAGACGAUCAACACGAAAAUAUUUGCGCCCGGAUCUUUCAAUGAACAAAAUGUAUGAACUUUUUAAAGCAAAAUAUACUUGUAAAACCUGUGAUAUACUCGAGAUAGCAGUAAAGGCGGAAGAAGAUAUAGAAACAUGCCUAGCUAUAAGGGUACAAAAAGAUCAGCAUAUUAAACUUGCAGGCGAAGUAAGAAACAUAUUAAAUGACUGUAAAAGUAAAGUCAAAACUGAGGAAUCGUUAUUAGUAGCUACUUUUGAUCUGGAACGAACCCUGCCUCUUCCUUAUUUGAAUACUGGUGAGGUCUAUUAUUUAAGACAACUGCAAAUGCUGAACUUUGGUAUUCAUGCUUAUACUAAGGAAGGAGAAAAAGUUCUCAUGAAUAUGUGGCCAGAACAUUGUGGGGCCAGAGGCUCACAAGAAAUUAUGUCGUCACUUCACUACUUUUUAGAAGAUUCCGUGCCGGACACUGUCAAAUCACUGUGUUUUUUUAGCGACUGUUGCUCCGGGCAAAACAGAAACUGGAACGUUUUACACUUUAUGAUGUUUCUGGUUAAUAAAUCGCCAUAUCUAGAAUCGAUCACCAUGCAUUAUCUCGUCAGUGGCCAUACUUACCUGCCUAACGAUACCGACUUCUCUUUUAUAAGUCGAGAACUAAAAAAGAAGACUGAUAUCUAUACACCAGAAGAUUGGAUGAAGCUCGUCCGAGACUGCAGAAAACAAAAACCUUUUACUGUGCGAGAUAUGAAAAAUAAGUUUCUAGAUUAUGAAAGCCUCACAACACUAUUCAAAGAUUAUCAGAUUGUAUUAAGAGAAGGCGCAAAAAUUUCUAAGAUGCGGAAGAUAAAGUUUUGUAAAGGUUCAAGUAUAAUCAGUUACAAUGAUGACUACGCUGAAACAUAUGAAACAGUUGAUUUAAAACCAAAUGAUAUGGAUUCUGGAACUUUUUUUUGUAACCUAAAGAAUUAUAUACCAGAAAAAGCCCCUGAAACUAGACUAAUAUCGUAUCAAAAAAUGCAAGAUAUUAGAAAAACUCUAAAAUUCGUACCUCCUAUCCAUCAUCAGUUUUACUUGACAUUGCCACAUGUUCCUAGAAGAGGUGGCAAUCAGGAAGCACAAGAUAAUGAAAUUUUUUGCCUGCUGUAUUUGGUGAUGAUUAAUGUGAUUUUUCUUACGACAUCAAAGUGA